UGUCGAUGUAGGAUUGAGGUUGAUUAGGGCGGUUAAUUGAAAACUCGCUCUUCCAUUGAUUCAGAAGGCAACAGAUUGUUAAAAUAUUAUACUUCAUUUACAUGUCGAGGAAAAAUCUGUAUGUCAUCUGGCUUGGUACGACUAUUUAUCCGUUGAUGAGAGUUGCUUUUCCCGAUCUAUAGGUAGAAGACAUUCUGCGUAGAGGCAAUCUGAAGCAUGAACUUAGCAGCCGUAAAUCGUUUUUAUUUACUCCGUAGUUGAAUAAACAAACUUCAAUGUCCUCACCAAAGGGAUCUUCUUCAGUCUUGAUCAGUUUGUCCGGGGUUCUGUGUUCUCAGUUAAUUUUCUUUUUUUCUUUGUUUUCUUUGUUUUCUUUUUUUUUUUUUUCAUCCCCGGCUUUCGCAGCAUCUUCUCCCCAAAAGUCUACUGUAAGUUAAUGCUUCUUCAAAGAUGAUAUUGUUUAGAGCGCUCAUCCUCCCUUACGGCUCCUGCUGUCUGCGUCUGACUCCUAGGCUGCUGAUGUGAAAUCUUUGUUCAAAGUACUCCGUACACGCCCUGGGUUUCCACCCUUGCUGUCGCCCAAGUUCUGGUCUGGCUCUGGAAGUUGCGAUAUUCAAGAAUCUCAACAUCUACUUAAGACCAGAACCCUCCUCCUCGGAAAUUCGGUCUGGUGAAGCUCACGGGCGCUAAAGAAUUCUUCCUCCCUGGCAUUUUGCCUGUCCAUGCCUGGGAGAUCACUCAUCGCGCGGGCGCUUAUGUGGACAGAGCUCUGAACGAAUUGAAUACGCCAAUCGCGCUGGGAUCGCUAUGUAGCAGCUAUUGGUUCUUCACUUUCAGCCAUUCAAACUCGGCCAGUCAGAGCGCAGUGCACGUUUUUUCAAGGCACCAGAUCUGCUUGCCAUUCGUUGACGGUGUGAUACGAUAUGCUGCUAGGGCUUACCUAGCCUCACCUACAAUCCCCGUCGCGAAGUUUUAGUGGCCGGCUCAAGGGCCGCUUGCUGCACCUCAUGCAGACCACCACCUCCAACAAGCAAAAAUCUGGGCAUGUCCUUCCCCGCCCAGUGACAAGCUGCAUUGUUGCAUUCUGGCACUUUUGCCAAUCAUGCAUCCUUCUUUGGGCUCUAUUCUGGGCGGGCUGCACAAUGGCUCCGGGCCCAUUUUUCACCUUGAUUGGUUCAUAUCAUGGAGGAGGGACAGAGACUGGACAGGGCCAUUUCUGUAGGCCCAUGGGCCGUCUCCCCUUUUGCUGUUUCUUUUCUUCUUUGUGCUUUGCGUUCAUUUAUUAUUUAUUGUUGUUGUCGAACGGUGAUUUUCGAGCCCAUCAGAUGCCCUGCCAAGGGUGUACUGCACUGCGAACCGAAAACCCUGUCUUCUCUCGUUUUUCCCCUCUUAAGGACUGUACAACCCACCAAGACAUUUGGGCCGAAUGCCUACUUCUCUCAGCUGCUACCCCCUUUUAACUACCUCAUCGCUCUCCGUUAAGUCUCUGGCACUGCGGUUGACUGUCCCUGUUUCUUCACACUAUCCAGGCAGACAUCGGUAUCGACAGACCGGGUAGUGUGUGUGGGUGUGAAACGGAAUCAGCCUACGAACUCCAUCUUUGAUUAAACAGAACCCGUUCGAGAUCGAGUCGCGAGGGUUCGCCCUUAGCCAACGCGACACAUAUUUGAUAUUUCACAUAUCAUCCUGCCGUUCUCUGCACAUACAUCCACACAUCAUGCGCCAAAAUCCUUCGCUAAAGGCUUGGUGGGCAAUCCUUCUUGUCGCCCUCUUCGCCUCGUCCGUUACAGCUCACACUAUUAUCGUCUACCCCGGAUGGAGAGGAAAUAACCUUCAUACCACCGGAAAUUUCACGGAGACAAAUGGUUUGGGCAUCGGAAGGGGGGCGAAUGAUUCAGAACUGCUAUAUCCAGCGGGAAUGCAAUGGGCUUAUCCAUGUGGUGGAAUGCCAACCUCCCAGAAUCGAACAAAAUGGCCAAUUAAAGGAGGCGCCGUUUCCUUCCAGCCUGGCUGGUUUCCUGGCCAUAAAACAGCAUUUAUCUACCUAAAUAUGGGCUAUGGGACCAUUCCUCCCAACAUGAGUCAUCCAAUGAUCGCCCCGUUCCAGUUAGUCGCGCCUACGAACCAGGAAUACCCAGGCACCUUUUGCCUUCCGCAAGUUCCGCUGCCGCGGAAUGCAGACCUAAAAGUCGGAGAUGAUGCAACGAUACAAAUCGUCGAAACUGCUCAACACGGCGCUGCGCUUUAUAAUUGCGUCGAUAUCACCUUGGCAGAACCCGAAGACGUCCCCGAGGUGACCAAGGAUAAUUGCUUCAACUCCACGCACUUAUCAGCCAGAUACAUAUUCGCCAUGGAUAUCGAGAGUAGGGCUCCCUCUACCACCACCUCAUCAUCACUAAUGAGCUAUGCUCUUGUGCCAUUGCUGCUGGUCGGCUCCUUUGGACUCCUGUUUUAAGCCUAAAAAAUGGAUAGGAAUGGGGAGAGGGUGGGGAGAGAGAAUGAAAAUUAAAAAUUAAAACUUUCAAAACCAAACUAACGUAAACCCUGACAAUUCUAUUUAAUUGGAAUCCGCCGCAUUUUUUCCAUUUCUUGCGUUUCAAGACUCUUUUGUUCUCCCGUUUGUCCCUUCUAUACUCCCUCCGCAAAGCGUUUUUCUUCCUCUUUUGCUUUUUUAAAUUGGCGUUAGGUUGAACUAGGGGCCACAUUUUAUAUUAUCAUUUUCUUCCCUAUUUGUAUUGGGACCCCCGAAUCCAUUCUACCUUCAUAUGGUUAGGGUGAAUUUGAGGCUGUAUACCAAUUUUCUUUUCUUACACUCAAGGUCAUCCGAACCCUUUGCUCUUAGUUGCUAUUUCUCGUCUCGGUUAUUUUUCCGAAGGUUAUAUAAAUAUAUAUAUAAAUAUAUAUAAAUAUAUAUAUAUAUAUUCCCCCUCUUCUUCUCCCUUGAGAGUAAUUUCUUUCUUCGUUUUGCCACUUGGGGGAACGCAAUUUGUAGUGAUUGGGGGACGUUUUCACUCGAGCGAGCUGCUAUAUUUAUUUCCCCGUACCCAACCAACAACGUGCUGUAAUUUAUUAAAAUAAAAUAAAAUAAAAUAAAAAUAUAUGGCAUGUAUCCCUCUUCCCAGAAAUUUACAAAUACGCGACGCCAUUUGUGAUGAUUACCAUUUAGUUUCCCGCUUCUACUAGAUUUUCUUUC